AGCGGGUGGCUUCGAUUCACAGGCUAAACAUCUCGAGCAAUUAACCGUACAGCUCCGCAGAAUAAUCAUUCUGCGAGCGGUGUGUGGUGCGAGUUCGUGUAACGAUACAAGACUCUCGACUGCUAUUUUUAAUACACCAACGAAUUAUUCUUUUUUCGCGCUGCAACUGGUGUAAUCAUGAGUGGUGAAAGCACUAACCAGGCGGCUAUGGCCGAGAAGGAGUUAGGAAAUGCGGCCUACAAACAGAAGAAGUUCGACGUUGCCAUUUCCCACUAUGAUAAAGCCAUCGAAUUGGACCCCAAAGAAAUGUCAUUUCUUAAUAACAAAGCCGCUGUCUUCUUCGAGCAAAAGGAGUGGGAAAAGUGUAUUGAUCAGUGUCAAAAAGCGAUCGAAAUUGGUCGUGAGAAUAAAGCGGAUUUCAAGUUGAUCGCUAAAGCGCUUUCGCGUAUGGCCUCUGCAUACACGAAAAAGGAGGAUUACGACAAUGCCAAGCUUUUCUUUGAGAAAAGUCUUACGGAGCACCGAACGCCUGACACUCUAACCAAGCUUAGCGAAGUAGAGAAGAUUCUUAAAGAACAAGCUAGGAAAGCAUACAUCAACCCGGAGCUCGCACUCGAGGAGAAAUCGAAAGGCAACACUCUGUUCCAGAAAGGCGAUUAUCCGGGAGCGAUUAAGCAUUACACGGAAGCAAUCAAGCGCAAUCCCGAAGACGCUAAGGUGUUUUCGAAUCGUGCCGCAUGCUACCAGAAGUUAGCUGAGCCUCAUUUAGCUCUAACGGAUUGCAACGAGUGUAUCAGGCUAGAUCCGACAUUCACUAAAGGCCACAUACGCAAAGGUUUCGCAUUGUUGGCAAUGCGCGACACAGCAAAGGCGCGAUCUGCAUUUGAAAAAGCACUUGAACUGGAUCCGAAUUCAACUGAGGCAUUAGAAGGGUUCAAGAAAUGCUCAAUGAGUUUUAGCAAUGUUGAUCCCGAAGAGGCUCGCCAGCGAGCGAUGGCUGACCCCGAAGUUCAAAAAAUCCUGGCCGACCCCAUCAUGAGAAUGAUUCUUGAGCAGAUGAACCAGGAUCCAUCAGCGUUCCGCGAACACAUGCAAAACCCAGAUGUAGCAGCAAAAAUCCAGAGACUGAUUGAGUGCGGAAUUAUUCAGGUCGGACACCGUUAGGACAACUGCAGGAGUUUAAAAUAAAAAAAAGGCAUUGUCGAGAACACAAAGUUGCGAUCGACAGAUGGCCAAGAGACGUUUUGACGUUAAGCCGCUGAAGAGCGGAGAUGAGAACAGCUAUGUCACUCGCACCAGGAAAUAAACAGCAACUAAGAAAACAAAGUCUGCAUCAAUUAAGAGGGUGUGGAUGAUUCAAGCUAAAUGCCAUAAAAUAAGAAAUUUUUCUUCACAAGAAAUGCG